UAUCAUUAUCAAAGGAAACUGAAAGAAGGAUUGAAUGCGUAUGGAGUUGAUCUAUCUGUUCGGGUCAAUUAUCUCCACCUUUCUCACUACCCUCCUACUCUCUCUCCUCCUUCCCUUCCGCUUACUCCUCCGUCGCCGGAACCACUCACACUCACACUUUCUCUCGCUCUACGAAGGUACCGUCUGGCACGAGCGCCGGCGACCCGUCCACCACUCCUUCACCUACUCCGUUCGCUACGCCCUCUUUGACCUCGACUCUGCCUCCGCUUCACUUCAAAACCACCUCUCCGCCGAUGAAGCUCGCCGGGUUGCUGGCACUACUGGCCCCGUGUUUCUUUUAUCUAUACCUGAAAGCGUUGGAUAUGAGCAAAAUCCAUUGAGUUUGUAUUAUUGCUAUGAUUUAGAAGACUCUGCCCAGAAUUUGAACAACUGCAUUGCCGAGGUAACCAAUACUCCAUGGGGUGAAAGAGUAACAUUUGUUUUCAAUCCAAAAUCUGAUUUAGUGGCAAAACCAUUGCAUGUCAGUCCUUUUAUGGAUAUGUUUGGGAAUUGGAAUAUCAAAGCCAGUGUUCCAGGGGAUAAUCUAUCUGUGGCUAUUUCAGUCCAGCAUCCAACUCUUGGCAACUAUUUCACUGCUACUUUGAGAGCCAAGAAAGUUUCCUUAUCGUCGGUCUCUGAUCAAUCACUUUACUUCUGGUUGAUGCCACAUAAAGUGGCAGUAUGGAUAUAUUGGCAUGCCGUCAAGCUAUGGUGGAAAAAUGUGUCAUUUAUUCAACAUCCAAGGUAUUCCAAUCCAGCAUACAGGGAGGAAGCGACUCUUCGUGAUCAAAAACUUCGAUGCUGUUGUGUUUCUGGAUUCGAUGAUCUUCAGCAUAUACAAGCUGAACCAAAUGGCACGAACUCUAGAGCUCGCAGUUUCACAUGGAGAAAUGCUAAGUGGCCUUGGUCUUAGUUCUUAAUACCGAGCUUAAAACUCUUGCCAUUUCUGUAAAGAUAUGUAAUUUCAUAAACAACCGAAUGAUGAUUAGAAUAAACAAAUUUCUUUACAAGCA